UUGUGCAAUAAACUGUCGACAGAAAGAUGAUAUGCAUGCUGACAAUACUUCAAUAUAGCUUUUCAAGCCCUGUCAUGCUGCAAAAACAAUUAACUGUUCUACAAAUUUGUGAGUUUUCCUUUGACUAAUCAAAAUGUCUGAAGAUUUAGCAGAAGUUGUGAAUGAGUGGAAACGUCUAGAGGAAGAGUAUCAGCAACUUCAGGAUACACACAGAAGAUAUUUGCACAAACUGGAUGAAAUCUCCAAACUGCAGAACAACUGUUCUUCAUCUAUUGUCCGCCAGCGUAAAAAUCUCAAGGAGUUGUCUCGUCGCACAAAAAAGAAAAGGCUUUCACAGGAAGAGGCAAACACAUUGGCUGAAAUCAAAGACAAACUUAAGACCAGACAAAAUGCUUUUGAUGAAAUGGAGGCAUUUCUUCCCAAGAAAAAUGGGUUGUACCUUAGUUUGGUUCUUGGAAAUGUCAACGUGACUCUUUUCACAAAACAGUCAAAGUUUGCCUACAAAGACGAAUAUGAGAAGUUUAAGCUGUACCUAACUGUCAUCCUGCUGCUGCUCUCCUUUAUAUGCUAUGGUUUUGUUAGCUACAGAUUUCUAGAUGCAAUCCUCAAUUUUCUGCUGGUUUGGUUCUACUGUACAUUAACUAUCAGGGAAAGCAUCCUCAUCACAAAUGGCUCCAGGAUCAAAGGAUGGUGGGUUUUCCAUCACUACAUCUCCGCCUUUUUGUCUGGUGUGAUGCUAACAUGGCCCGAUGGGAACCUCUACAAGAUGUUCAGGGGCCAGUUUCUAGCCUACUGCUUGUAUCAAAGUUUCGUACAGUGCCUGCAGUGUUAUUAUCAAAGUGGAUGUCUGUACAGACUACGAACACUUGGAGAAAGACACAACAUGGAUCUGACUGUAGAGGGUUUCCAGUCUUGGAUGUGGAAAGGACUGACAUUUCUUUUGCCCUUCCUGUUUUUCGGUCAUUUUUGGCAGCUUUUCAAUGGCCUGUCCCUGUUCAGAAUGGCUCGACUCCCAGACUGCAAAGAAUGGCAGGUCCUGGUCUGUGGUCUCUGCUUCCUGAUUCUCUUUAUGGGAAAUUUCUUCACCACUCUUGCUGUCGUUCAUCACAAAUCCAAGAAGAGAAAUCAGAACUCAAAGAGCCAGUGAUAAAAAUUCUCAUCUAUGCUCUCCUAACAGUUCAUGUUAAAAAACCUAGAGUCAAGUUCUUUGUUAUUAUGUUUAACAUAUAGUAGCCUAUAAUUCUAGAUUCAUCUGAGAUUACCUUUAAGAGUAGCCUUUUUACAAUUGAUUAAUAUACAGAGAGAUGAUUUUUUAAAGUAUAACAAAUCAUAAAAAAGUUUAGCUUUGAUCUUUAAAACAUACAUGUGGGGCCUCAGUGCUUAGGGGAAAUUAUUUCCACUGUUAAUUAUGUCUAAUAUGUCUAAUGUCUUGUAAUGUUCUUCAAUGCUGCAAAAAAAACGUAAUCCACUUUAAAAUGCCUCUGUGACAGUUCUGCACAAAUAAAGCUGCUUCACCUGUUUGAUAAUAAAUACUUUUUUGUUGACUUUACUGAGUGAUUACAGAAUUUUUGUACGUUUAUGAUAGCAAGAAUUUCAUUUUGAAUUAAAAAAAAACAAAUGACAAACUAAAA